AAAAUUGUAAUAGAAGCCAUGAACACGUGUAACGAAAGAAACGAAGUGAUUCUUCUCCUUCUAUAGUUGCUAACGCAGAAGCUUAAGCUUCUUCGAUGGCAGUGACAGUUCGCACUAUAUCUGCAGCUCUGAAAAAUUUAAAACCAUUUCACGCUCCCAAUUUGAUUCCUAAGAAGAAGAAGAACGGUUUCUUCUACAAAAUGUCGUCGUCGACCGAGUCACCGUCAUUGACUCACUCCAUCACGCUUCCGAGUAAACAAUCCGAACCCGUUCACAUUCUCGCUGCUCCCGGUGUCUCCUCUUCUGAUUUCUGGAGUGCUAUUGAUUCAUCUUUAUUCAAGCAGUGGUUGCAUAAUUUGCAAACAGAGAAUGGGAUUCUAGCCAAUGAUACAAUGACUUUGAGACAAGUUCUAAUUCAGGGAGUAGACAUGUUUGGAAAGCGCAUUGGAUUUCUCAAGUUCAUAGCUGAGAUUAUUGACAAAGAAACAGGGAACAAGGUUCCAGGUAUUGUAUUUGCAAGAGGACCAGCUGUGGCUAUGCUGAUACUUUUGGAAUCAGAGGGUGAGACUUAUGCUGUUCUUACUGAACAGGCAAGAGUUCCUGUGGGAAGAAUUAUUUUGGAAUUGCCUGCUGGAAUGUUGGACGAUGACAAGGGUGAUAUUGUAGGCACAGCAGUUAGGGAGGUUGAAGAAGAGACAGGCAUCAAGCUAAAUGUAGAAGACAUGGUUGACCUCACUGCUUUCCUGGACUCUUCAACUGGAAGCACAGUUUUCCCCUCUCCUGGAGGAUGUGACGAAGAGAUCAGUAUCUUUCUCUGCAGAAAGCGUGUUGAUAAAGAGAUCAUCACACAUCUCCAAGGUAAAGAGACUGGCCUUCGUGAACAUGGGGAGCUGAUUAAGGUGCGUGUGGUACCAUACAAGAACCUUUGGCGCACAACAGCAGAUUGCAAGGUUCUGGUGGCUGUUGCACUGUUAGAAAUGGCCAAGAAUGAAGGAUUAUUGCCUUCUUUGGCAACCUAAUUGUAAUGCUACGCAGAGCAAAGACUUUUUACAAAAUGACUAAAAACAGGAGAGAUUAUUGGAGAGAGAGACUUUGCUUUGGAUGAUUUGUUGCAUGUAAUUUUCAUUUUUUUAUUAUUAUGUCUAGCUCCUUCUUAUUGUUUCUAUAA